AGUUUGACAUUAAACAUGUCUCUGUGACAAUCAAAUUGGAUUUAAGGAGUGCGGCACGUUUUUAAUUUAAAUUAUUAUCAAAUUUUGAAGCGUUAUCUUGGUUUAAUUACAUUUUUAUAUGAAUUUUUAACAAUAUGGGGAAGAAAAAUAAAGAAUCCUUGGGCCGGGCUCUGAUUAAGGACAGAUUUGCAAAGAAUCGUCACCGAAAACAUGUCGAAGACAAUACCAUGUUACACACAACAGAGGUCAACGAUGGUUACGACUGGGGUCGCCUCAAUCUCCAGUCCGUCACAGCGGAGUCAUCUCUCCAAGAGUUCCUCUCCACCGCUGAGUUGGCCCAGAGAGAGUUUACCGCAGAGAAACUUAACUUAAAAUAUGUGUCUUCCAUACCAAGUGAAGUUGAGGUUGUAACUUCACAACCGAACUUUGAUGAACCUCUGACAGUACCAAGGAGACCCGCAUGGCACCCAGGCAUAUCAGCCGAAGAUCAAAUGACACGUGAACGUGAAGCAUUCUUAGAAUGGAGACGGCACUUGAACGAGCUACAAGCCAAGCUUGGGGCGGCCGUUACGCCGUAUGAGAGAAACUUGGAACUUUGGAAGCAGCUGUGGAGGACAUUAGAGAAAUCUGAUGUUGUGCUGCUACUGUUGGACGCGAGGAAUCCUUUGUUGUUCAGAUGUGCAGAUUUAGAGAAAUAUGCUAAGGAACAGAAUUGCAAAAUUAUAUUAUUGUUGAACAAGGCAGAUUUGACUAAUGAAUAUGAAAGGAAGUGUUGGGCAGAGUACUUUAAUAAAGAGAAUGUGUCAAUAAUAUUCUUCUCGGCAGCAAAAGAAACAAAUACACGUAAAAUAUCAGAAGCCAGCGAGGAAAUCACACCUAUCAAUGAAGAAAUUGACUCAGAAACAGACUCGGCAAUCUCUGACACUGAACACGAUUUAGAUGACGAUGUCAACGCAAAAGAUGCCUUAAUAUGUACAGAACAAGACAUAGAAUUGUUUAAAAAACAAUUGGGAGAUCUUGAUGAAGCUGUGUGCAAUACUGCUGAUAAAAUUGAUAGGAUACAAGAGGCUUUAGACAAGGUUAUGGAGAAUUUAAGGCUGGGUAAACCUAUUGAUGAACCUGCAUCGGCCAGUGAUGUUCAAAAUGAAGAACAAGCUACAUCAGAAGUAGAAGAAGUUAAAGUACAGAAUUCCCAUGAAAUAUUUGACAGGGAGAAACUUCUGGAAGUUUUGAAGAGCACACAUGUAGAUAAGUUAAAGAAUCCUCCACGGUUAAGUGUGGGCAUGAUUGGGUAUCCUAAUGUCGGAAAGUCCAGUUCGGUUAAUGUUUUAAUGAAGACUAAAAAGGUCAGUGUCAGUUCGAUGCCUGGUCACACACGACACAUCCAGUCUUUGAUCCUAGAUGACGACAUUGAGUUGCUGGACUGUCCUGGAUUGGUGUUGCCAGCCUACGCCGUAGCUCCCGACUUGCUGUUAACUGCUGUGUUGCCAAUUGAUCAGAUGCGUGCUCACGACGCAGCAAUGGCCCGCCUCUGUCAACUAGUGAGCAAGCACACGUUUGCUGAGAAAUACGGCUUGUUGUUACCCGACGACGGCUCCAAAGAGCCUGAUUACAAGCAGAUACUUACUGCACAUGCCUACAACCGAGGCUUCAUGACAGCAGCCGGGCAACCGGACCAAUCCCGUUCAGCCCGGAUAAUGCUGAAAGAAGCUGCGAGUGGUCGCCUGCGCUGGGCACAGCUGCCUCCCGGCUGUCUCCCACAACCAGUCGACGAUAUGCUGGAAGACAGGAGGAAUGAGAAGAGAAAGCCUACGCCUAGGGAAGCUAGGAUGGUCGAGGGUUGGCUGAACAAAUCCAACGAGAUCGACAAGGCGUUCUUCGCGAUGCAGAAAUCUGCGGCUCACGUGAAAGGAAAGCCUGUACUUGGCGUCGUUGGAGCCCAGUCUGCGGAAAGUCAAGUUGCCAAGCCCUGGAAGCAAGAAAAGAAACAUGCGAAUAAGAAUAAAAGGGAAAAAUUAAGGCGAAAGUAUGCACACUUAGAUGAACAUUAACAUUAGAGUAAGACA